AUGGAUACCACAGUUAGAGAGACAAAAACACUGGAAAGACUGACACAAAUUGACCCUCAAGAGUGAACUAAUAUCCCUAUUCCUAUCAAAUCUGCUUUAAGCAUGAUUAUCAAGCUUCUUGCUGACCAUCAGCAGUCAAUUUUAAGCAUAAAAUCCACUUUGGGGACAGUUAUAGUCAAAGCAAAUAAACGAAAAACUAAUUUCCUUAAAGCGAUUGAGGCUACAAAUGAACAAUUAAGCAAAAAAGAAGAAGAAAUUUUGUUAUCAAUAUCUCGAGGAGAACAAGAAAACAAGCAAAAUAUUGAUAAAAUUAAUGAGGAAAUUAGAAAUGAUAGAGAAAGCAAUAAAAAAGUAUAAAAAGUAAACACAAAUAUAUAUUUUCUCUAUAAAAUUUCCCUAUUUUUCUUAAAAAGAGGCCUAAUUUUCAGCAACAAACGAUUUAGCCUAUUCAAUUGGAUAUAAAUGAUCAGCUUUUUCAAUACAUGAAAGCUGAAUCUAAAGACCUUAACCAGAAAAUUGAAGCAUUACCUACAAAGUUUGAAGUCCACUCAAAAAUCCAAGAAAUCAAAGAUAACAUGCCUGCCCAAAUCAAAGGGGAUAUUGAAAAACAAUUUGAGCCAGAAAUAUUAGGAAUGUACAAGAGAAUUGAUGAAACAAACACGUAAAGUCUAUUCAGAUAUAUAAGAGACAAAGCAAAAAGUUUAGAAAAUCUCAUUAAUAAAGAAAAAGCAGCAAAUUCAGAAAUAUUUGGAGUUAUAAAUAAAAGGAUAGAUGAGGAAAAACAAAAAUAUGAAGAAGGACUAAAAGAAGCUAGAGAAGAAACACAAAAAGGCAUAGAAAUGAUGGAAACCCUUCUAGAGUACACACAAACGUCUUUUGGGAACAAAUUUCAGAUUAAAAAUACCUACCACAUUGACUUGCAAAAAAAAAUCGACGAAUUAAAUGCACUUUUCUCAAAGCACCAAGCUGAAUUAGAAGAUCUCAAAGUGGCUGUUUCAGAAAUCGAACCACCCGCCCCAAAAGAAGAAAUUCAAAUUUCAUCAUUAAAUCUGGGCGAAAUCGACAUACUAAAAAUCAUCAAAGAAAACCAGCCGCCUCCUCCACCUCCAGGGCUGUCAAUGGAUGAAGUUCGAAAAGAAAUUGAAGAAAUUUCGAAAAUUAUCAAUGCUGAACUAAAAAAUACCCUUAAAGAGCAAGAACUUAAAUUCAGUAAAGAUUUAAAUGACUCAAUUCAAAAUUUGGAAACCUGGUUAAAAAGCGAAGCAUCAAAUACGGGCGUGUAUAUUAAAGAGCUUAGAGAUAAACUUGCAUGGCUUCCUAUGAAUUUGAGUCAGCUUGAAGGUAUGAGUGCAACUGAAGCACGGCUGUUUACCCUUGAAGCGCGGCUAAGGUCAGAAGAAAAUUCAAAAUUGCAGAUUUAUAAUGCUUUAUCGAGACUUAUUGAAUCUAUGCUGUUCUUGAUUAAGCUUAAUCAAUAAACUAGUUUUUUAUUUUUAUAUAGAUUAGGCUUAAUCUUCACUAAAUUAAUUAAAGACUGUAUAAAUUUGUUUCUCAAAAAUCAUCACGCCCUGAAAGCUUAACCCCACAAAUCCCAUUAGGCCGAUAUUCAGCUUCUCCUUAUAUUCGAGAGCCAAAAGAAGAAAAAAACAGGUUUAAUGAAAGUUUGCAUAUAAUUGAAGACUCAGAAAUAAGCCACACAAAAAAUGAAACAACUAACACAUCACGCAUUUCACGGCGCCAGUCACCACUAAAUUUUACAUAUGAAAAAACUCAAAAGGUUUAUAAGGAAAUGCGAAAACUAAGAGAAACGCCUGGAUCUUAUGAAUUUGAAAAUAGUCAAAGAGAGCUGCCUAAUAUUUCAAUUAAAAGACAGACUAUGAGGUUGUAA